UUGCAUUUGAUGUUGAGGUUAACAAAUCUACCAAUGACAGUCUAAGUAGAGCACGUGACACUUGAGCUCUGUUGUCAUGGCUAGAAGAUUGAAGCCCGGAGUAUAUAAUAGUUCCGGCGGGACUUUAAGAGUCGCAAGUAUCUCUCUCUAUACUACACAAACAAGACUCAGAGGAAAACCUUUGUCAUUAGAUGGUUAGCAGUUUGGCGGGGAAUGAUGUUAGAUGUUUCAAAACGUUCAGCUGGGCCCAAUAGACGUUGCAGAGCCGUGAGCACCGGUAUUGGUACAGCGCAAGCUUGUAGCAUGCCAGACCUACAGUUUCUGUUUACAAUACCACAUUCUUCAUGUCGCACGACUCCGGGAAGCUCUCCCAGCUCGAGCCCAGUCAGAGCCCAAACAACGUGUCAAAAUAAAUAUAGAGGCAAGAGCUUGAAGCAACCCGAGAGUCCCAGACGGUCCACCUAUCCACUUGCUUCACCCUCUCGCCGUUGUCGGAGCAAAUUAUGGACAGGUGAGGAAGUAGAUCCUUGGGCUCAGUUCAGACGAAGGGUCAUCACUAGUCCUUCCCCACCCAGCAGCCUGAUCUUGAGUGGUCACCGUCUUCGUCGGUUCAGUGUCACUACAAAGGGGAUUAUUCACUUGGGUGAUUUGGUCAGGGAUCGAUCCCGUUCUGACAUAGAAUCCUACGAAGGAAGUAGAAGCGACUCAAGUGAACACCCUUCCUCAUCGUCUUCCAGCCGUAGAGGCAGUAAUCCUGCUCGACACCAUGUAGUGAUUCUUGGAGAAGACAACGUAGGUAAAACAAGCCUCGUCUCCCACUUCUUGAAUUCUGAAUAUCUGACAGGAUAUGAAAGUUACUGUGACACUCUGGAAAACAACGAGAGAUCAGUUUCCGUGCUUAUUGAAGGAGAAGAAACCGAGCUGACGUUUCAAUGCGAGUCUUCCUCUGACAUCACGGUGGACGACACCACUUUUUCCCUUACAGCCGCCUUUCUUGUAGUGUAUUCAGUGACGGACAGAGUGAGCUACGAAUAUGCUGGACGAACUCUGGCCCUGUUGAGAUAUUUGGGAACAAAAUUGUCUACUCAUAUCUUGGGCUCUGAUUCCUUCCCAAAAGCUCUCAUUCUCGUCGGAAACAAAGCAGAUUUGGCUCGUAGUAGAACAGUGACAGAAGAAGAAGGCCGAACUCUAGCCAACAAAUACAACAUUAAGUUUAUCGAGACUUCAGCAGCUAUUACACACAACGUAGACGAACUAUUGGUAGGUAUCGUUAGCCAAAUCCGUCUGAGAUCAAGCAUGAUGAAUGAUGACAGUGCCGUCUACAGGUUUAGACGUCUAAGUGGAAAAGCUCUUGGAUUGAUGAGUAAAUUUUUACAAAAAUGUGAACUUAAAGUUAGAUCUUGUGAUAAUCUGCAUGUCCUGUGAUAAUCUGCAUGUCCUAUGAUGCUUUUACAUUUCUGUACGUGUUUUGAUAUAUAUGAAGUAACAUUAUGUGCCUCAUUGUUUACACUGUGUGUUCUGUCCUGUUAAUGUAAGUGUAAGUUAGACAAAAUUAUAUCAACCAAUAUAUGGCUGUAAAAGUAAGGCGGUAUUUUCUUUCUCACAAUUAACGGGGCAGAGUAUGUAAUGUAGCCAAAAAACUUAUAAGUAAUAAUAUUUCAGUUUUAGCUAUUUAUUUUAAGAUCUCAACUAUGUUUUCUUUAUUCUUAUAUGUGAAUUCAAAUAAUCUUUGAUAAAUUUGUUUCAUACGAUGCUACUUCUGUGGCUAUUUACUACGAUGGUGGUAUUUUUUUUGUUGUUGUUGUUUUUUAGCGCAGAGCUACACAAUGGGUUAUCUGCGUUCUGCCCACCGUAGGGAAACGAACCCCGAAUUUUAGCGUUGGAAAUCCAUAAAUUUACCACUAACCUUCCAGUGUAACAUUUACUAGGGAAAGAACUGCCAUGAAUUUGCUGUUGUCAAAACCAGAAUUUUUGUUUUAUGAUUUUAAAAUUUAUCGUUAUGAAUAUUAGUAACCUUUUAUGUAUUGUUAAUUCUAAUUGUUGAAAGAAUGUUGAUAAAGAAAACAAAAUGUCGUUCAUUGAACUAACAUACAUAU